CGGACAUAACCGGUUUCGGAUGAUCAAAAAACCCUCCGUCCGUGAUUUCCCAAACAAAUCCGCUAAACAGAAACGAUUUUGUGACGCAUAGACAUAUCGCAUCGCUUUUUUUUUAUUUUAACAAAACAAAACUAAACAAAACUAAACAAAACGUGCGCGUGGGCUGAGAGACCGCGCGCAACAUCAGCACCACAGUGCAGCAUCCUCCGCGAUCAGACAUCUGUCUGCUUCCUGCUUUAGUGAAUUCAUCUGAUAAGCAGAGAAAUGAGUGACGAGGAGAACCCUGCAGCUGAACCCGUACAGGUCCUGGACGUCCAGGGUGACGGGCGCUGGAUGUCACAGCACAACCGCUUCGUGCAGGAGUGUAAGGAUGCGGAACCUGAUGUGCUGUUUGUAGGGGACUCCAUGGUUCAGCUGAUGCAGCAAUACGAGGUGUGGCGGGAGCUCUUUUCUCCUCUCCACGCGCUCAACUUCGGGAUCGGAGGAGACACGACAUGCAACGUUCUGUGGAGGCUGCAGAACGGAGAACUGGAGAACAUCAGGCCACGGGUGGUGGUGCUGUGGGUCGGAACCAAUAAUCACGAGCACACGGCGGAGCAGGUUGCAGGGGGAAUCGUGACCGUCGUACAGCUGCUCAUCUCGCGCCUCCCCAAGGUCAAGAUCGUCGUCCUGGGUCUGUUACCCAGGGGCGAGUUCCCGAACCCUCUGAGGGAGAAAAACUCAACAGUAAACGCUUUCCUGCGUUGCGCCCUCCCUCGUCUCGGACAUGUGCAGUUCCUGGAUGUGGGUGGCGGCUUUGUGCACUCUGACGGCACCAUUUCCUGCCGAGACAUGUUCGACUUCCUGCACCUGACAGCCGGCGGGUACGGUGCCGUCGCCACGCCCCUCCAUGAGCUGCUGCUCCAGCUGUUGGAGGAGACACCGCAGGAGAGGCGGGCCUCGGUCGUGUGAGAGGAGACGGCCGGACGGACCACAGAGAUGUUCAGAUAGGCAGCAUUCAGGAAUCCGUCUCGUUCUUUAAGUGAAACACGUACAUCGUUACAUAAUAAAUGGGGAGCGUAAAAGAGAAAGAGAGAGAGAGAGAGAGAGAGUCAUAAAUGUUGGCAUAAUGUGAAAAAAGCGAAAACCUUCUUUGCUAAUUCUCAGAAAUGUGUUUUAAUCACUUGGGGUUUUUUUUUCUAAUGUGCUUUAAUUUAUUUACGUAUUUCUUGAGUGUAUGGCAAAGUCCUCACAAAUAUAUAUAUAUAUAUAUACACAACCCUGAGCACUGUGUGUGUGUGUGUGUGUGUGUGUGUGUGUGUGUUAGUUAGCCGUUUCCAGAAGGAGCUAUUCAGUAUAUAAUGAAGAUAGAUGCUAUAUUUCAAAUCACACACACACACACACACACACAAUACCUAAAAACUCAAUUACACAGUGUUUAUCAUCUGGAGCUACAAGGCUAAUGUGGCUAACAAUUAAUGUACGUCCAGCUAACCCAAACUCUUUUCUAAAAAAUAAAUGUCUUUUAGAAAAUUUUAGAAUUCCUAAAGAUUCACAUUGGAACUGUGUUAGCAUCUGCCACAUUAUUAGCUUUUCCGUUCUUUUUUAUUUUCAACCUUGCUAAUUGUGCAAAUUGCGCUGAGCACAAAGUGGGGAAAAAGUGAUCCCGGUUGUCCAAGAUGGCCGCCCUGGUCAUGUUACAGCGUUCAGCUGCGUGGUCAAUUUCUUUUUUUAUCCAUACGUAUAAAUGACAGUAAGCUCCACAGUGUGCUAAAGCAUGUCAGCAAGAACUAGCACAACUUUACCUGAAAAUUUAAAUAUUUGUACAUAUAAACUUUUACUAUCUAUUACUUGUUAGCUACGUUAGCCCUGUAGCUAAUUACGGUUUGGAUGAUGAAUACACUUAGCCUCUCUCGCUCUCUCCCGCUCUCUCAUUGGCCUCCAUCUUUUAUUAUUUUUUUUACAGAGUAGCUUAAAGGAAUUCCUCCGGCCAUUUCCUGUCAUCGGGAAAUGCUACCACACUGUGUGUGUGUGUGUGUGUGUGAGUGAGUGAGUGAGAGAGAGAGAAUGUUAUAUACAGAGACAGAAUCCAUCUCUCUUAAAAUAUUUAAAAAAUUCAUACAACUGGAAAUGUAAAAUGUAUGUUUUAACUCCAUCUGUCUGUAUGUAUAUAUACACCAUCAAUAAAUGCCUGCAUAGCUGUUUGUGUUAUGUGCCAACAUUUCCUGUCAGCCAGUGAGUGUUAGCUUAGCCGCACUGCCACACUGAGGAUUAUGUGAAACUUUCCAUUAAAGAAGGAAGAAUGUCACCAA